AUGGGAUCGACCAACGGCAAGACCACAAAGCUACCGCUCGUGCCCCUGGCCAAAGACACCGUUCUCUUGCCAGGCGUCACUCUGCGCAUCUCGUUGAAUAAUCGUCCCGAUGUCGCUAAUUUACUUUCUUCGCUCGUGAAUCGCAGCCGGAGAGAUAACAGCCCCAUCACUAUCGCAUGUGUCCCCCUUGCAUCUCCUCGAUUGAGCAAGGAUGGGCUGCAGCUUAUAGAGAACGGAACGGAGCCAGAGAAUCAGGAAGAGGAAAGCGUCGAUGCUGGCCAGGCACGCAAAGAAGAUCUGUUCAAGUAUGGUGCACUUGCAAAGGUUGUUGGAGUCCAACGUCGUGUCUAUUCGGAGCCAUAUCUACUCGUUGAGGGUGUCAAACGACUAUCUGUCGUCAAGGUUCUCAAGGAGCGGCCUUUCUUUGAAGCCGAGGUGUUGCUACAUGAUGAAAUUGCUCCUAAUCCCAAGGAUACCGAGACGGUCGAAUCUUUCCAGCAUUUGAAACAACUUGCUCGCGAGCUCCUGACGCUGCUGCGACUCGCAUCGCUUUUCCCAUCGAACCCUACAAGUAUCUCGCCCACCGUUGCUCGCCGAUUCGAACUUUUCAUUUCUCGAAGAGAAUAUGCGCAUGCAGGGAGCUUGGCGGAUUUCAUGGCCGAUAUUGUUGAAUCGAGUCUCGAAGAGAAGUUGCGGGUCUUAGCAGCAUUCGAUAUCAAGGACCGGCUGCAACGAGUUAUUGAAUUGCUCAAUAGACAAGUGCAAGGAAUCAAGAGCAAUGUCAAAAUUACUUCAAUUACGACCACGAGCAAUAACUCGCCGAUCGACAUUUCACAGCUGGAUCCGAGAUUGGCUCGUCGCGCCAUGGCUGGKCUCAAUGGAUUCUCUCCGAAUGGUUCUAACGGUAGCAAUGAAGAUGAGAAGGAGCCAAACGAGGUUGAUGAACUAGAGCAGCGCCUGAAUGAAGCACAAUUGAGCCCAGAAGCUCGCAAGGUAGCUGAUCGUGAGCUUAAACGAUUGCGCAAAAUGAACCCUGUCAAUGCAGAGUACGGAGUUUGCCGAAAUUAUCUCGAAAAUAUAGCGGAGAUCCCUUGGCUGAAGACAACCGAAGACCAACUUGGCAGUGAUACUCUACAACGAGCUAGGAAGCAGCUCGAUGAUGAUCACUACGGAUUGGAAAAGAUCAAGAAGCGCUUGCUAGAGUAUCUUGCUGUUCUCAAGUUGAAACAAUCUGUCAAUGUUGAUAUUGAACGUCAGAUUGCUCAGGUGUCAGAACAACUCACUACUUCCGACAAGGAAGCAGAGAAAGAGAAAGAUGUUGAAAGUACUUCCCUCUCUCAGCCGGAAAAGGAAGUGCUCGAGACGAAGCUUCAUAUCCUUAAGUCCAAGCGUACAGUCGAUAAAUCACCCAUUCUGCUGCUGGUUGGACCUCCGGGAACGGGAAAAACUAGCUUGGCUAAGUCAGUGGCUACAUCUCUCGGACGAAAAUUCCACCGUAUAUCCCUCGGUGGUGUACGAGAUGAGGCUGAGAUCAGGGGACAUCGUCGCACUUAUGUUGCAGCCAUGCCUGGUUUGAUCGUCAACGGCUUGAAGAAAGUUGGUGUCGCAAAUCCUGUGUUUCUCCUUGAUGAGAUCGACAAGGUCGGUGGAUCGAACUUCCACGGCGAUCCGUCGGCUGCAAUGCUCGAGGUGUUAGACCCGGAACAAAACCAUAGUUUUUCAGACCAUUAUAUCAAUAUUCCUAUCGACUUGAGCAAAGUUCUUUUCAUCGCUACAGCAAACUCAUUGGAUACCAUUCCAGCGCCUUUGCUUGAUCGCAUGGAGACAAUUCAGCUUUCCGGUUAUACAACAGUAGAGAAACGACAUAUCGCUCGACGACAUCUUCUUCCGAAGCAGAUCCGGACCAACGGCCUGUCUGACAACGAGGUAUCCUUGUCCGAUGAGGUUCUCGAGAAAGUCAUCACCGCGUAUACCCGUGAGUCUGGUGUCCGUAAUUUGGAACGCGAGAUAGGUUCAGUAUGUCGCUACAAGGCUGUACAGUAUGCCGACGCAAAGGAGACGAACCAUAUGGAAUCCUACAGUCCGAGUGUCUCUAUGGAGGACCUUGAAGAUAUUCUUGGAAUCGAACGCUUCGACGAGGAAAUUGCAGAGACAACCUCCCGUCCAGGUAUUGUUACUGGUCUCGUAGCGUACUCUACCGGUGGCCAAGGCAGUAUUUUGUUCAUUGAGGUGGCUGACAUGCCUGGAAACGGGCGCGUGCAGCUUACUGGAAAGCUAGGAGAUGUCCUCAAAGAGUCCGUCGAGGUAGCAUUGACCUGGGUCAAAGCACAUUCGUUUGAUUUGGGUCUUUCACAUGACCCCAACGAAGACAUUAUGAAGAAUCGGAGUCUCCACGUUCAUUGCCCCUCUGGUGCCAUUCCUAAGGACGGCCCGUCUGCUGGUUUAGCUCAUACUGUUGCCCUCAUCUCUCUGUUUUCCGGUAAAUCGGUGCCACCUCAGAUUGCAAUGACCGGAGAAAUUUCUCUUCGUGGCCGCGUAAUGCCGGUGGGCGGUAUCAAAGAGAAACUCAUUGGCGCUAUGCGUGCAGGAGUGAAAAUGGUAUUGCUGCCCUAUGCUAAUCGCAAGGACGUCAAAGAUGUACCGCAAGAGGUCCAGGACGGUCUUGAGAUUAUCUAUGUCAAGCAUAUUUGGGAAGCUCUGCGUGUUGUUUGGCCACAGGCUCAUUUCCCCGGCCAGCAGCUCAACAUGUUCGAAAGCCAUCUAUAA